CGGCCACCGGAAAGCGCAACAAUCGUACACCAGGCAUCAAACGCUCUGCAUCACACACUCCCAGCAGCAGUCCCAGUUCGGUGUGGUUGCAAAGACAGCGCAAAACCUGACCCCAAGCAACCGCCGUGUGUGCUGUGUGUGCUGUGUGUGUGUUCCGUUAGACGAUCUUGCGCGUGGCUGUGGCUCGGAUUCUUCAGACUUGCUUCAGCUGGUGGAGAGGGUGAUUUUGUGAAUUAGACAAAAGGGUGCAAAGUGUGAUCUUUCUCUCAAGCUUUCCUUCUGCAACUGAAGUGAUCUUUCCGUCAGCAUGGUGAAGCUUCAUCUCGUCUGUGGCGUGCUGCUGUUCGCGUUCCUCGGCUGGGCUCACGGGCUGCCCGUGAAGGAGCAGGAGCUGGAGGAGGUGCUGACCAAGCUGCAGGAGCUGAAACGGCUGAACGAUGGCCCACUGAAGCAGGUCAACGAGGAGAAGUUGCAGCAGCUCGGCGGCGCCUCCACCAACGGUCAGCGAACGGCUGGAGGGGCGAGUAGUGCUGCUGCUGGUGGCAUUGCAGGAGCCGCUUCGUCCGGCUUCAAGACGAAACGAUCGCUCAACAACUCGGACCGGCGGACGCUGCUGUACAACUACUAUUCCCGCGGGUUGGCGCCAAUGUACGACAAGCGCAACUUUGACGAGAUCGAUCGGUUCGCCCGGUUCAACGGUAAGCGCAAUCUGGACUACGAGCCCUCGUACACCGGUUCGGCCGACCACGGGUACAAUGGGCGCUUCAGCAAGCGUAACUUUGACGAAAUCGACCGCUUUAAUGGAAUGUCUGGCUUCAACUAUCGGCUUAACGGCGAUGACAUGGCGACGAUCGGCAAGCGGAACUUUGACGAAAUCGAUCGGUUCGGCCGGUUCGCCUUCAACAAGCGCUACUUCCCGGAGGUGAACGAGCUCAGCCCGGGCAACAAUCUCAAGCACGACCUGUCGGAGGAUAUGGCCGUCAUCAACGAGUACUCCCAGUAAAAGGACUGUGGUAAGCAGGAAAGCGGAUACCGACAGACCGAAUGCCGAAACACGAAACAGUCCCGAGCGCCCCCUUGCACCAUCUUCCUCUGCUAAGCAGCACACCGAGAAGCACUUUCUUUGAGUUUCCACACCGCGCAAAACACUUCAAAUGUGCAAGAAUCAAAUUAAGCAAAUGGCACAGAAUGGUCAGAAAUGUACGCGAUCAAUGUGCACGUGUUUUAUCGCGUUUUUCACACACAGACUCACCGAAAUCAAAUAAACACUAGUUCACUAAUUGUAAUUAAAAAAAAACACACACACACAGAAAAAAGUAUAAAAACACUAAUUACUAUGAAAACAACCUAUCGAUGGAGUGAUACGAGAGGAAACGGAUGGAGGGAUGGAUUAAAAACAAGCGUUACUUAAAUAAGUUUGAACAUAAUGUUGUAAAGUAAAAACAAAGGCAAAAUAAACAGAUGAAAGUGAAACAAAAA